CCAGUCUAAAGCAGUCAGUGUAGCUGAAAGGGGUUUUCACUCUGCACCUGCCAAAGAUCUCUCUCUCUCUCUCUCUUUAUUUUCUCUCUCUCCCUCUGUUUCUCUGCCUCUCCCUUUCUCUCUCUUUCUCUCUCAAGGCAGAUCUGUUUGACCCAGCAGAGAUCAAAGCCGGCACCUCCCUCGCUAAGAAGAACCGCUACUGAUUUGUGCUAGUUUCUUUCCUCGAAUCUCUCUCUUUUUUCGUGCCAUAUUUAAGCUUUACGUUGCAGUAGUGCCAUCAGACAGUUUUGCAACCAAAAAAAAACCCAACAACCCCGGAACCCCAGCUUGGAUCCAGCAACCACCCUGAUUUGAUCCUAGUUGAAUAUUUCUCUCUCCCAAGCACUGGAUGCGAUGGAUGAAGAAUCUGGAAACUGUCUGAGAAAAUCAUUUUCCAGCCAAUGUUUUUAAACAGUCUCGCGGAGGAGAGAGAGAGAGUGUGUGUGUGUCUCACUGCUGCAUCACUGGUCAAUUUCAAAGGAUGGGAGGAAGCGUUUCCAGCACAUCUAAAUAUUAUGGAUGAUUUUUGCUUCUCCUGAAAGCCUUUUAUUUUUUAAUAGGUUUUAUUAUUAUUAUUACCCCCUCCCCUUACUGUCUUUUUUUCUUACCCAAUCAAAGCUUCAGAUGUUGGUGUCUCUUCAAUAAUCCCUUUGCUUUACCGUUGUGAUCCCUGUGAUAAUAAUAAAAAAAGAAAAGAUAAGAAAAAUUGGACAGAUGGGUUUAUAAAUUGAACUGCUGUUGGCUUUUGUUUUUCCUACUGAUUUUUAAAGACUUGCUUUUGUUUGUUGUUGUUGUUGUUGUUGUUUUUGCUCAGUACUUGAUGAGACUCAGACGCGACUGCUUUGAGAAUAUUUAUUUCGAACAGCCGAUGGAGAUAACUUUAUGCACUUGAUUGUUGGCGUUUGUUCUCUCUCCGCUCAAAAACAAACAAACAAGCUUUUUCUGUGAAAGAGCUCCUUUAAAUAUUUAAAUUCCCCCCUCCCUUAUCAUUUCCUAGGAGGACCCUUGACCAUGAAGAUGAUUUUAGUCCGAAAAUUCAGGGUGCUGAUCCUGAUGGUGUUUCUGAUCGCUUGCACGAUGCAUAUCAUGAUCGAUCUGUUACCAAAGCUGGAGAAGCGAGCUGCGAGGACCGAGGGCCAGACGGGCUGCUCGUGUUCUCACCCCCCGGGCGAGGAGGCUCAGGGCUGGGGGAAGCAGCGGACUAAGGGCGGCUCGGAUCCGGGCUGGCCUAACAAGCACACGCUGCGGAUCCUGCAGGAUUUCAGCAGCGAUCCCAGCUCCAACCUCACCUCCCACUCGCUGGAGAAGACCUCGGAGAAAGCCGAAGCUUUUAAGAGGCUGGAACAAAAUGGCAUAAGCCGGGAUCUGGGGCAUAAGCCGCUCAUCCAAGAUGGGAGUAUAAACGCCCAGCCCGUGGGGAUGGGGUACUCCAAACUCGCGGCUCUCUUCGAGCAGCCCCUCUACAAAAUCGCCACCCCGGAGCUGGCCGAGGAGGAUGUCUUGUUUAACGUCAAUAGCGACAUCCGAUUUAACCCGAAAGCGGCCGAGAACCAGGACUGGCAAAAUGAAGGUAAUGAAGAUGAAGAAUUUUUACCCACCGCAGAAACAUCUGUAGAUUCCUACCCAAACUGGUUAAAAUUCCACAUUGGUAUUAAUCGAUAUGAGUUGUAUUCCAGACACAAUCCUGCAAUUGAGGCUUUGCUACAAGACCUGGUCUCCCAGAAGGUAACCAGUGUUGCAAUGAAAUCAGGAGGCACCCAACUAAAACUGAUCAUGACAUUCCAAAAUUAUGGACAAGCAUUGUUUAAACCAAUGAAGCAAACCAGGGAACAGGAAACCCCGCCUGACUUCUUUUAUUUCUCAGACUAUGAAAGGCAUAAUGCUGAAAUAGCAGCAUUUCAUUUGGACAGGAUCCUAGAUUUUCGUCGUGUUCCACCUGUUGCAGGUAGAUUGGUUAAUAUGACCAGAGAAAUUAGGGAUGUUACUCGUGACAAGAAACUGUGGAGGACAUUUUUCAUUUCACCAGCAAACAACAUCUGUUUCUAUGGCGAGUGCUCAUACUACUGCUCAACCGAGCAUGCUCUUUGUGGAAAACCAGAUCAGAUCGAAGGUUCUCUCGCUGCUUUCCUACCUGACCUGUCUUUAGCUAAAAGGAAAACCUGGAGAAAUCCAUGGCGGCGCUCCUACCAUAAACGCAAGAAAGCAGAAUGGGAAGUUGAUCCGGAUUAUUGUGAAGAAGUUAAACAAACACCACCCUAUGACAGUGGGACCAGAAUUUUGGAUAUAAUGGAUAUGACCAUUUUUGAUUUUCUAAUGGGAAACAUGGAUCGACAUCACUAUGAAACCUUUGAAAAGUUUGGAAAUGAAACAUUUAUUAUCCACUUAGAUAAUGGAAGAGGGUUUGGAAAAUAUUCCCAUGAUGAACUCUCCAUAUUGGUGCCUUUAAACCAGUGCUGCAGAAUAAGGAAGUCUACCUAUCUGCGAUUACAGUUAUUAGCCAAGGAGGAAUACAAACUAAGUCACUUGAUGGAGGAAUCUCUACUAAAAGAUAAAGUUGCACCCAUCCUUUACCAGCUACACCUAGAGGCAAUGGACAGGAGGCUACGGAUUGUUCUCAAAGCUGUUAGUGACUGUAUAGAAAAAGAUGGUUAUGUUAAUGUGGUUGAAAAUGACUUUGACACUGAUGUUAACACUAUUACAACCAAGAGGUAGUGAAAUCACAUGACUGCAUUUUUACUAGCUAAGUAAAGAAGAUAAAAAAGUCUUGCAAAAGACUGUGUAUGCAACUUUGUGAAUUCAAUGAAUUCAAAAAUGAGAUAUAAUUGUUCCCAAAGUAGGUAAAGUGUAGACUCUGUGAAGGAUUAGUUAAUUAAGAAAAAUAAGUCUAAUGUGAUGCUUUUAAAUAGUUCCUAAAUCAGAAUAUGAAAAGGUUUGGAAAAUAUUGAGGUCACUGACAGGUGACGCUAGUCUGGUGGCAAAACACCUCCUACUCUUUUUGUAUAGAAAGGAGGCCUUUAUUUAAUAUUUUGUAUUUAUAUAUGGUAUAUCUGUGAAAACCACAGGCACCUACCUACCAAAUUUAACAAAAGAGGGACAGCAUAGUUUUGUGACUCACAAUUUAAUCUUGGUGACAGUCCACUUAGUAUUUGUGUUAACCCUUUAAGUGCUCUCAUUCACUGUACCUACUUUAAAUUGAAUGCUUUGUUUUUCAACUACUCAGCAUUUAAAGGGUUAAGACACAUGAACUUUUUAAAAGCAAAACUAACAGCCACAACAAUAAUAAGUACCGUGAUUAGCUGGAAGGGGAUUUCGAUAACUGUGCAUUGACAAGAAUACUUGAAUGUUGGUUUUACAGAGUGAUGUAAAAUGACAAGUUGUACUAUUUAUCCAUAAGAAAGGAGCAGCUCUGAUCUUUCUAGACUAUCGUAGUAGGGCUGUUACUUUUCCAACUUUGCUUUUGAUAGUUUUGUGUAAAUAUAUACAUAUAUGGGUAAAAGCUGCUUUCGGCAGCUUCUAGGCUUACUUUUGCAGCAUUUUUGUGGAAUUGUUUGCAAUGUGGUAAAAGUGCAAUAAAGAUAUGGCAAAUGUGUA